AGGCGGUGUGGUGAAUACGGAUAUACGAGAAUGUAUAUUCGCGCGUACGCGUGAUCCGUGUUGAAGGAAACGAGUGCGACGAGAAAAAAAGAGAGAGGGAGGGAGGGAGAGAGAGAGAGAGAGAGAGAGAGAGAGAGAGGGAGUACGAGACUAGAGCCAGAAAUCAUAGGAAAAGAAGAUAACUGAAGCCGCGCGCGAGCAAGAACGGCGAAGAGAACGGCGAAUUCGUUGCCUACGUGGAACGGGCUGCUGGCAGAGGGAGCAGCCACGCUCCGCGAAGUUGCCUAGAUACCAGGCAACACCGUGUUGCGCUCCGGUGAAGUAGGAGGCAGCGAAGGAGGCGGAGGUGGUGGUGCUGUUCCGCGGGAGGAUGGAACGUGUGGUGGACUGUAGUGAGACGAGGAAGACGAUCGCCGGCCAGGCCGCGAACGCAGGUCCGUGGUGCUGCCAGGAGUCGCGAUAGCACACCCGCGUCCCUCUCGAAGCUCGCCGAGAGAGAAAGAGAGAGAGAGAGAGAGAGAGAGAGAGAGAGAGAGAGAGAGAGAGAGAGAGAAAGAGAAAGCUUACAUAGGAUCCCCCGUGAGAAUGCUCGAAACGUUGGGAAGCACCGUCGCGCGAACGUAGCGCGUUCUCUCUGCAAACAAUAAUACGCCGCCACUUUCCAGCGAUCGAGACCUCGCGAAAUACGCACAACCGAGGCGCGCGGAAGAACGCUUGGUUAUGACGGCGAAGUCGGGGGGUGCGUUAGCGAGGGCAUCGAGUAUCGAUUAGCGGACGAUUCGUGCGGAAUUGAACUCGACUCGUGACACCCUGCACGAUGAUGAUAAUCAGUGACGCAGCGGGUGACAAAGCGCUUCCGGGCGAUACUCGCGGCGGUGACCGCUGCGUGUAGAAGUGAACACGCAAAAUUGUGCAGUGCAUCACGGUCACGACGGGGCACGUCGGGACCGGAUAGAUGAACAUCGGCAAGUCGGUGUCGCGCCUCGACCUGGGCCUGCAAAAUUCAUCUGCCAUGGCGCACCAGGCAAGAGGUCUAUCGCAGUUGCGAAUAAAGUUUUAUAAUACGAUCGUCGCCGGUCUCCAAAUAGUCCUCUUGCUCACCGUCCUACCUCAAGAAAGCCUUUGCGGGCGCCACGAGAAACGCUUACUGAAUCAUCUGCUGGCAAAUUACAACACCUUGGAGCGACCGGUCGCGAAUGAGAGCGAACCACUGGAGGUGAAGUUUGGCAUCACUCUGCAGCAAAUCAUCGACGUGGAUGAAAAGAACCAAAUACUUACGACCAACGCGUGGUUGAAACUGGAGUGGACGGACUACAAUCUCCAGUGGAACGAAUCCGAAUACGGCGGAGUGAAGGACCUUCGAAUUACGCCGAACAAGCUUUGGAAACCGGAUAUCCUCAUGUACAACAGUGCGGAUGAGGGUUUCGACGGGACGUACCAAACAAACGUGGUGGUCACGCAUAACGGCAGUUGCCUGUACGUCCCUCCGGGCAUCUUCAAGAGCACAUGCAAGAUAGACAUCACUUGGUUCCCCUUUGACGACCAACACUGUGACAUGAAGUUCGGAUCCUGGACCUACGACGGCAACCAGCUCGAUCUGGUACUCAACUCACAGGAGGGUGGUGACUUAUCCGAUUUCAUCAUGAACGGGGAAUGGUACCUCAUCGGUAUGCCGGGAAAGAAGAACACGUUAAUAUAUCAAUGCUGCCCGGAGCCGUACGUUGAUGUCACAUUCACGAUACAGAUACGCAGGAGAACCCUCUACUACUUUUUCAACCUGAUCGUGCCCUGCGUGCUGAUAUCGAGCAUGGCCCUACUGGGCUUCACCCUGCCGCCCGAUUCCGGCGAGAAGCUCACCCUAGGAGUGACCAUUCUGCUGUCGCUGACAGUUUUCCUGAACCUCGUGGCAGAAAGCAUGCCGACGACUUCGGACGCUGUCCCUUUAAUAGGAGUGACCAUCUUGCUAUCGCUGACGGUGUUCCUGAACCUCGUCGCCGAAACUUUGCCCCAGGUCUCCGACGCAAUACCCUUGUUAGGAUCAUACUUCAAUUGCAUCAUGUUCAUGGUGGCGAGCAGCGUCGUGCUGACCGUUCUGGUGCUCAACUAUCAUCACAGAUCGCCCGACAGAUACGUGAUGCCAAAUUGGACGAAAAUAGUGUUUCUACAAUGGCUGCCGUGUGUGUUGCGCAUGAGUCGGCCGGGCAAGAAGAUCACGAAGAAAACCAUUCUCAUGAGUAAUCGGAUGAAGGAGCUGGAGCUGCAGGAGAGGAGCAGUAAGAGUUUACUGGCGAACGUUUUAGAUAUCGACGAUGAUUUUCGCCAUGGGAACAGCGCCGCCAAUCCUGCCUCGGGCUAUAUAAGCAGAUCAGCGUACGGUACACCGUUGUCGACCAGGCCGGCAACGGUUGAAGAGACUUCGGCAUCGUUGCCUCUCAGCGGCAUGCAGAGGGAACUUCACACAAUUCUCAAGGAAUUGCAGUUCAUCACAAGCCGCAUGAAAAAGUCGGACGAGGACGACGAAAUCAUUAGCGACUGGAAGUUCGCCGCCAUGGUGGUCGACAGGCUUUGUCUGUUCGUCUUCACGUUAUUCACGGUUUUGGCUACGGUGGUGAUACUGUGUCGCGCGCCACAUAUAAUCGUCCAGUAAUAGACUGCCCCGGUCGAACCGAAAAAAUACACAAAAUAUGCCAGGGAUAGCGCCUCCUGGAAUAUUCGGAACGACGUCCGGCAUGAUUCGAGGAGGCGGCUACGUUAGGAGCACGUCGAAGUGAAAACGG